AUGACUGAACCAGCUAUACGUCCAAAAAUUGUCGAGAUGAGUGCAGAAGUAUUGGACACAAAUCCUUAUUCUCGUCUAAUGGCGCUUAAACGAAUGGGAAUUGUUGACAAUUAUGAACGUAUCCGUGAGAAAACAGUUGUAGUUGUUGGUAUUGGAGGUGUUGGUUCUGUUUUUGAUUAUGAUCGUGUUGAAUUGGCUAAUAUGAAUAGAUUAUUUUAUCAGCCACAUCAGAGUGGAUUGAGUAAAGUGGAAGCAGCUCGUGAUACUUUAAUGCAUAUUAAUCCAGAUGUUGAAUUUGAAGUUCAUAAUAUGAAUAUAACAACAGUUGCUAAUUUUGAUAUUCUUUGUCAAAGAAUAAGGGAAGGUGGAUUGACUAAAAAAUCUGUAGAUAUUUUACUUUGUUGUGUUGAUAAUUUUGAAGCUAGAAUUGCUGUUAAUACGGCAUGUAAUGAAAUUGGUCAAAUUUGGAUUGAAUCUGGAGUUAGUGAAAAUGCAGUAUCUGGACAUAUACAAUUUAUGGAACCUGGAAAAUCUGCCUGUUUUGUGUGUCUUCCUCCAUUAAUUGUGGCUUCAAAUAUUGAUGAAAAAACUCUUAAAAAGGAUGGUGUAUGUUUACCAACAACAAUGGCUGUUAUUGCUGGUUUAUUAGUACAAAAUGCACUCAAAUUUUUAUUAAAUUUUGGUCAAGUUACUAAUUUUCUUGGCUAUAACGCACUUGUUGAUUUCUUCCCUCAAGAAACAAUUCGUCCCAAUCCUCUUUGUGAAGAUAAAAAUUGUAGACGUUUGCAAAAAAUUUAUUUGGAAGAACAGGAAAAAUUAAAAGCAUCAAAAUCUGAUGUAAAAAUUAUUGAGGAAAAGUCAAACAUUGUUCAUGAAAUGAAUGAAUUUGGAAUUGAAUUAGUAUCAGAAUCUACCUUUGACCAAGCACCUUCAAUGUUUGUUCCUUCUUCAUCUGGAAUUAAAUUAGCUUAUGAACCUGGACCUUUAGACGAUAAUAAUGAAAAAGAUGAUGAAAAUAAUCCAAAAACAACAACUAAAGAACUUGGGGAUUUAAUGGCACAAUUAAAGUCACUUUAA